AUGGCAGGUUGGGGAUACGCAUUCUCGUUGUCCAAGCAGCAGGUCGCUGAGGCCGAGCCUCCGGGUACCGUACGCCUUGUCGAGCAUGGAUUGCACCGUACGCAAUCAGGACGAGACCAGCAGGAAGAUCACAUCCACCUCAUCCCAGAACCGUCGCAAAGUGCGGCCGACCCUCUGAAUUGGCCAGCAUGGCGUAAAACUGCCGUCCUCCUGACAAUGUCGUUGUACUCUGGCUGCGCCAACUUCGCAUCCGCAGCGGUGGCCCCGGCGUUGCCCAUCCUGGCCUUCCAGCUUCUUCCGCCUAAACAGUUCAGCGAGCUUUCCCAUCUCGUGGCUGUCAACGUCCUCCUCAUUGGCACGUCUAACAUCUUUUGGGUGCCACUUGCCAACACUUUUGGUCGCCGGCCGGUGCUGAUUGUUGCACUGUUGUUGAGCGUGCUCACUUCGAUGUGGUGCGGACUUGCUCAGACCUUUGGUAGUCUCCUGGCUGCACGGGCGAUACAAGGUAUAGGUUUUGGCCCUUGCGAUGCUGUUGCGCCAGACGUAGUCGGAGAGAUAUACUUCGUGCACGAGCGUGGAAGAGCCAUUGCAAUCUAUACGCUGUUUCUGGCUGGCGGAAGCUUCGUUGGUGGUGUUGCAGGGAGCUAUAUUGCUGGCACGCUGGGUUACCGCUACAUCUUCUGGAUCUCCACUGCCAUGCUUGGCUUCGUCUUUCUGCUCGAGCUGUUCCUGGUCCCGGAGACGAUGUUCGACCGACAAGCUCAGCUCGUCGCGGAACAUCAUCCCAGCGUUGUCGGUGACGGGUCGGUCUCGGACGAAAAAGGCGACGUAACUAUGAUUGAGCGUGCCGUACCCACCGACAGCAAAAUCACUUUCGCGCGGAGCAUGAAGAUUGGUCUCUGGCGUGGUGAUCUGGUCAAGCACUUCCUUGACCCCUGGCGCUCCUUGGCCUUCCCAGGUACCUGGGUAGUAAUGAUACAUUACGGUGGCUUGCUCGGUGGCCUUGUUUCCAUCGCCACGGUUGGGCCACAGUUCCUGGCGAUGCCACCAUACCUUUGGGGCAAUAAUGUUGGUCUUCUCGGUCUCGGUCCUGUCGUUGGCGGCUUCCUGGGUUUCGGUGCCACCUAUUUGUCCGCCGACAGCCUCCUUACGAGGAAGGCCAAGCACGAGUCCCACGGCCUUGCAGAACCGGAAAGUCGCCUGCCCGCAAUGUUUCCAGCUUUGAUCCUCGCCACCUGCGGCAUCUGGACGUUCGGUUUCUGCGCUGCCAACCCUUCGCAGCAUGCCUGGGUUGGCAUGAUCAUUGGUUACGGCAUGGUCGGAUUCGGCAUUACGCAGAUUCCGUCGAUUGGCUUCAGCUACCUCAUUGACAGCUACUAUGCCAUCUCCGCAGACUGCUUCGUAAUGACCACCAUCGCAAGGGCAGUGGUUUCCUUCGCUUGGACUUUUUUCACAGCGCAGUGGAUCGCGUCAGCCGGUGCUGCGCUACCCUUCGGAAUCUACGGCAUGUUGAUGGGAGUGUUUGCGCUGUUCACUCUACCACUCUGGCUGUACGGAAAGAGAUUACGUAUAGCGACAGCCGGAUUCCUGCCUAAGCAUGAGAACCACUAG